GUACUAGCCAAUAUCCCACAAUGGACGUUCUUAAGUGUAUCUUACUCUUAAACUAUUCAGUUUAACAGGCUAACGACCUUCUAUAAGGUUAAGCACAUUUGGAUAGGUUUAUUUUGAGGAUAAGUUUAUAUUAAGGUAUUCUUAUCAAAGGUUGCCUUUCACACAAAAACCAUCGGAACCAAAAUGGAAAGGAGUCCUUCCGCAGCGGUAUUUCUUGUGCUUUAUAUGUGCAUCGCCACAGGUGCAUCACAGCUACAGCCAAAGUUUUCAAAGACCCCUACCUGGCCUCACAGCAAUUAUUAUGACGAAGACGGGCCCCCAAUACUCCUGGACUGCCCCCUAGUCUCUUACGAUGGAGUUAAGUUGCUCUGGUUCAAAGACGAACAACGACUUAAUUCAGUGCCAAACGUGUACGUGUUCGGUGAUGGGAAUUCCACGUUGACGUUGACGUUACCCAAACACAUACAAACGGGGCACUACAGAUGUUCGGCUUUCAACACAGCGGGGAACAUCAGCCAUGGUGGAGAAAUACUUAUUGCAGCUCGAACACAAGAGACAAAACCACGAGUUGUUCAGCUUAAACCCAAUACGUCAAUUGUGUACGCAAACAUCGGUGACGUCAUCAAUAUCAGUUGUACAUUUGAUGUUGGCGGAUCUUCUUCGGCGCUGAUGGAUCUCAGCCUUGAGUGGUUGAAAGACGGUGAGACAGUGAACGACACCAUCCAUACCACGUGGGGUGUAGACACAACAGACGAUAACAGUCAGGUCUUCGCCCUGCAUCUAGACUCAGUGAAGGCGCUUGACUACGGAACAUAUACCUGCUUCGGGAUAAAUUCACGAGGAAACGAUUCCAAGUCAAUAUCCGUUACCACUCCGAAACCUGUGUUAAAGCACAUUCCGGUCAAUGAAAUCAUCAUCGGCUCAUCGCUAGGAGUUGUAGCUGUGUUAGUCGGCGUUGUUGCGUUUGUGGUGUUACGACAUAAGAAGAAACAACAAGAAUAUGAUGAGAUGGACUGGCCCGAUCCGGACAUCAAAUAUGACGUUCCAGAAAGAAAGAUCGAGUACGAUGUGUUUAUAUCCUACAGCAGCGAUGAUUUAAAGUGGACCAAAGAUGUACUGUUUUCAAAACUCGACGCCAUGGGAUACAAUGUCUGCAUUGAUUUUAAAGAUUUUAUGCCAGGACUCCCAAUAGCGGAGAACAUCAUGGAUUCUAUAUACAAGAGUAAGAAGACCAUUGUACUGAUGUCGGGGAACUUUCUGAAGUCAAUGUGGGGGCAGUUCGAGCUGCAGCAGGUUCACCAGAGAGCGGUCCUGCAGAGGAAAGACGUGCUGAUUGUAAUUAAAUAUGAUCAAAGCAAGGUACCUUUGAAACUUACGGGUAAAACAUUUCUGGACUGGAAUGAUAACAAAGUGAAGCCCCACUUUUGGGCUCGGCUAUUUGACGCCAUAGGAAAGCCCGGUGACCUACAGAGUGAUGUGGAACUUAACAAUAGACAUCGUCUAUCGUCUGAUGACUUCGAUACUACAAAUACUGACGAUGAAGAUGCAAAGUUAAUAAUUAAUGUUUGAAAUAUUUGUGCUCGUCCAUGUAUAUAUUUUUAUUAGUUAAUGCACCUGUCAAGCAAGUUAUUGCACUUGUAAACAGUCGAAACUCGCUAUGUCGAACUCUGUUAUCUCGAUGUUCUGGUUAUACCGAAAUUCCUUAUAAUGUGUUGGGUAUAGUUAGCAAUGUUUGUAUUCCGGUUAUGUCGAAUGUUCGUUACCUCGAGGUAUUUCCCGAUGUCCAAACGACUUCGACAAAGCGAUUUUUGACUGUACGUUAUAGUUACUGCACCCGCCAUUCUCGUUUGCAUCCGCCAUUUUUUUCCAAUUUUCACACGAGCACUUCAACGCGAGUGUAUAAUUUCAAUUACGAGAGUAUUGGUUGAAUUGACUGUUCUGUAUCAUGUUGUCAAUGACAACGUGCAAUAACUACCGUGCGUAUAAGUGCAUAGCGUGAAUAGCGUUAUUACGUAUCCGCACGAUGGUUUUGACACGGUAAAACUCCACGUACCUGUAACCGUUCCGAUAUGCGAGUUAAUGUAUAGACUGAGGGUAAAUAUAACGGUAUCGGAUAUGGUUCUGGAUUGUAAGAUGUUCAUACAAUUUAGUUGUUCAUGUUGAGUUAAGCAGUGUGCUGGUUUGGCUAUCUUGAAAUUAACCGUUUGAUAUUAAAGAUAAAACAUAUGGUUGUAUUGUCGUUUGUCUAUAUUUUCGUUUGGUUAUAUUGGAGUCUGGCUGCAUUUUUGUUUUGUUAUAUUAACGUUUGGCUGUAUUGCUGUUUGGCUGAAUUGCCGUUUGACUCUAUUGUCGUUUGACUAUAUUGUCGUUUGGUUAUAUUGCCGUUUGGCUAGGUUGCCGUUUGACUAUAUUGUCGUUUGGUUAUAUUGCCGUUUGGCUGUAUUGUCGUUUGACUAUAUUGUCGUUUGGUUAUAUUGCCGUUUGGCUGUAUUGCCGUUUGACAAUAUUGUCGUUUGGUUAUAUUGCCGUUUGGCUGUAUUGCCGUUUGACUAUAUUGUCGUUUGACUAUAUUGCCGUUUGACUAUAUUGUCGUUUGGUUAUAUUGCCGUUUGGCUGUAUUGCCGUUUGACUAUAUUGUCGUUUGGUUAUAUUGCCGUUUGACUAUAUUGUCGUUUAACUAUAUUGCCGUUUGACUAUAUUGUCGUUUGGUUAUAUUGCCGUUUGACUAUAUUGUCGUUUGGUUAUAUUGCCGUUUGGCCGUAUGUCGUUCGGUUGUGUUGCCGUUUGGUUGUAUUGUGUUUGGUUGUUUUGGUGUGUUUACGACGUUUGAAAUGGAACAGUGCAUCGACAAAUUAUAUAAGAUGUUUUAUUAUUACAUAUAAUUAUAUUAUGUUAAUAUAUCUUAUAUGAUAAAUGCAAAAUG